AUGGGCGAACAUAAUCUCCUUAAUCCCGGGUUUGUGGGGCCGUUGGUGAAUAUCCACACGGGGGACACCUUCUAUUUCCCCAACUUCCGCGCCUCGGGGGGGCAGCUGCCCGGCCUGCCUUCCCUGUCCUACCCCCGGCGUGACAACGUCUGCUCCCUACCUUGGCCGUCUGCGGAGCCUUGCAAUGGCUAUCCCCAGCCCUACCUCGGCAGCCCGGUGUCGCUUAACCCAUCCUUCGGCCGGACAUGCGAGCUGGCCCGGGUGGAGGAGAGCAAAUGCUACUAUCGCGAGGCGUGCGCCGAGGGCGGUGGGCUGAAGCGCGAGGAGCGAGGGCGGGAGGGGGGCGGGCUGCUGCAGCUCGAGCCGUCGGGGCCGCCGUCUAUGGGCUUCAAGUACGACUACGCUGCAGGCGGCGGCGGCGGCGGUGGCGGGGGGGACGGCGCCGCGGGACCCCCCCACGAUCCCCCCUCCUGCCAGUCACUCGAGUCCGAUUCCAGCUCGUCCUUGCUCAACGAAGGAAACAAGGGCGGCGGCGCGGGCGAUGGGGCCAGCCUGGUGUCGCCCCUAGGCCAGGGGAACGGGCUCUCUACCAGUGGCGCCCCUUGGUAUCCCAUGCACACCCGGUCCCGGAAGAAGCGCAAACCCUACUCAAAGCUGCAGCUCGCGGAGCUGGAGGGAGAGUUCAUGGUGAACGAGUUCAUCACCCGCCAGAGGAGGAGAGAACUCUCGGACCGCUUGAAUCUUAGUGACCAGCAGGUCAAGAUCUGGUUUCAAAACCGGAGGAUGAAAAAGAAAAGACUUCUGCUCAGAGAGCAGGCCCUCUCCUUCUUUUAGGGGGAUCAGAAGGAGGAGACAUCAGACUCAAGCCGAGUCCCUGGUGAAGAGAGGGGGAGAGCCUCACUCCCUGGCCGCCUGGCCACUUGACCGCCUGCAUCAGACAUUGUUGUCACCCGCUUAUAACGAGAGGCCCGGGGCUCUGCCCCAUCCGGGUAUUUUUGUUAUUGUCUGUUUUGAUAAUCAGUUCUUUUUCUACACAUGCCAUGCAUCAUUUUUGCCAGGCCAAGUGAGAGAGAAACAGAGAGAGGGAAAAAAAAAAAAUAGGAAGCCGAUGGCUUCUGGUGGGGUGGAAGGAAGAAGUCAAACCUAUUUCCAGAUUGCUGAUUUUCAGUUGUUGUUCCUAUGUAUGGAGGUGAGGGUGGGAACCUUUUCAUGUACUACUCAAUCUGAUGCCUGAAUGAAGUGAAGAUAUAUGCCCUAGAUAUCAGGUUUUGACCCCCUUCCUUCUUCCACUACCUUCUGUCCUGCUGGACACCAACUAGAAAUCCCUUGUCCCUGGUUCUUCUUUGGUGAUACUUAGGUGAGGAACCAGUGGAUUGUUAGGAAACCUCUGAAACAAGGAGGCUACUAGAGUUUCCUCAAAUUCUUAGACUGAAGGUCAAAGGGUGAGGCCACUUCAGCAAGAAAGGGGAAUGGGGAGGAUGAGAAAAAUGGGGGAGAUAGAUCCUAGGUGUGUUUGAAAGAUAAGGAGAGACUUGGAUCAGGCUUCAACUCCCAUAUCUUCUCAGUCAAGGCCUUCUCCUUUCUUUGGGUAGGGGUGACAACUGCUUUUGGCUUCAGUAAAACAACACCAACACUACCAACAACACACACACACACACACACACACACACACACCCUAGUCUCCCCCCACCCCCACCCCAUUUCUCAAAGACAUGGGCAAGGCAGGCUUAAUCGGAGGGAUGGGAAAAUCUGGUUUCCGAUUGGAUGACAUACUUACCAGUGCAUACUUAGAUUGCAUUCUAUCUAUCUCCAGUUUCCAAUCUAGACCUUUGAACAAAGCAGAGUUUAGGACGUCUUGAGUUUGUUAGGUGAGAGCAAGAACCCCCUCCUUCCCCUACUCUUCCUAUUUCUACUGAGGUAUGUUAUGGGGGGGUCGAUGGGUGGAGGGAGUACUUUGAAGAUCAAAAGCUCUGCAGAUGAGAGUGGGCUGAGAAGUGGAAGAAAAGUAGAUACCGAAGCUUAAAUUUAGUAGCAAAAAGUGAAGACGUGUAGCUAUAGGGUUUAGGAGGAAGAACCUGGCGAUGUAGCUGGGACUGGGGAGGGAGGAGAAAGAAUUUGAGGCGGGAUUUCCCAAUUAUGGAGGCAGUCCAGUCUGGCUUUGCUUCUGGCGUUCAUGGUCAUGGCCGUAGGCUAGAACUUUGUAAUUUAUGAGGCUGGGAGGAUUGUUCUUAAGGGAGCUACCGAGAUACUGGAGCCUGCCUCCUCUCAGCCCUAAUUUCCCAGGCUUGUGACAAUGAACUGGGGGCCCUAGCGCCCUCCUCCUCUCCUCCUCCUCUUUACUUACCACUUUUCUUCCUCCCCUUCCUCUGGCUUUGCACUAUCC